UGUUUCAACCGAAUAUAACAACUUGGGUCUCUUCACAAUGGCUCUAUCUUUCUUUACCUCUCUGCGCCACUGCAUUACUAUGCGGCGGCCGGUGUUGCUAUAUGCUGCCACAUGGACUGCGCUUUUGACAGCCACAGUUGCUGUGGCAUCCUUCUCACCUGAGAUGGCAUUUGUAUCAGCAAUAUCUACGUCCUCUUCGUUUGCACGGCAGUGCAAAGCAGAGGGGACCGUCAGAAUUCCCCUGGAUGCGCCGGGAGAGAUUCUAUGCUUGCCUGCUCGUAUGUUUAUGAGAUCUAAGAUCGAUUUCAUUGUCCCCCCUGUCUUUGCCGCUCUUGUGGUGGCUAAUUCUGCUUGGGUUGUUCGGGCCACGGGCUUGUGGGUGGACCAUGAGCCCCGUUGAUAUGCUCCCCAUGUGCCUUUUUAUUCUUUUUCUUUUCCCUAUAGUUUAUGGGUGAGAUUUUACCUUCUUCAUGUGCAUGUAGUAUAAUAUAUAGGCAAGUUACACUUUUGUAAUUUGAUGAUUGGCAUGUAUUUUAAUUAAUUAAUACUAAAAAAUAUUUUAUUUAUAUAUUGAUUUUGUA